ACUUUCUGUUGAAAGUGAAAUUGAUAUUAAUUAUUAGUUAUUAGUCUAUGUACUAUUUCAUUAUUAGUUAUUAUUAGUCUAUGUAUUUCAUGGUUGGUUCAUAGUUGAAUAUUGAUUUCAACAAGAGUGAUGAAGACAUUGAUAAUGUUCAUCCUCUUCUUUCUCUACAUGCUCUUUUGCAGCUCCAUAGAAUGCAAUAAUAAUAAUCAUAUUCCUCACCCACUUGAUCCUCUAACACCUUCAGAAUUCAACCUUAUCCGAACCAUAAUCCUCAAAUCAUACAAAACCAACAACCUCACUUUUCACUACAUAGGGUUACACGAACCCGACAAACAUCUCAUCAAAUCAUGGCUGUCAUCAAACUCCAAAACCAAAACACUUCAAACACCACCUCGUCAAGCUUUCAUCAUAGCCAGGUUCCAAAAACAAUCCCUCGAAAUCAUCGUAGAUUUUUCAACUCAUUCCAUAAUCUCAACAAAAAUCUACAAAGGACAAGGAUACCCUAUGCUUACCUUUGGCGAACAAACCAUUGCAUCAGAGUUAAUAUUCAGUUACAAACCGUUUAAAGAUUCGUUAAACAAAAGAGAAAUUAACAUAUCUAAUGUUUUAUGUGCAACUUUUACAACAGGUUGGUUUGGAACAGAGGAAAGAACAAAAAGAACAGUGAAAGUGAAGUGUUAUUACAAUAAUGAUGAUUCUGCUAAUUUGUAUGUGAGACCUUUGGAGGGUUUUGCAGGGGUUGUUGAUCUUGAUGAAAUGAAAAUUGUUAGUUAUUCUGAUAGAUAUGUGAUUCCUGUGCCUAAAGCUGAAGGAACAGAGUAUCGAGCUUCGAAGAUGAAACCACCGUUUGGUCCAAAGCUUAAAGGGAUAGGUGUUAGUCAACAUGAUGGACCUGGUUUUACCAUUGAAGGUCACUCUGUAAGUUGGGCCAAUUGGGUCUUCCAUGUGGGAUUUGACAUUAAAGCUGGUCCAAUAAUUUCUCUAGCAUCAAUUUAUGAUCUGGAAAAGCAAAAAUAUCGUGAUGUACUAUACAAAGGAUUCAUAUCAGAGGUUUUUGUGCCAUACCAAGACCCAAGUGAGGAAUGGUAUUACACAACUUACUUUGAUUGUGGUGAAUAUGGUUUUGGACAAUCUAUGUCUUCAUUACAACGUUUCACAGAUUGUCCUGCCAAUGCUGUGUUCAUAGAUGCAUACUAUUCUGGUUCAGAUGGUGUUCCUGUUAAGAUAGUUAAUGCAUUUUGCAUUUUUGAGAAGUAUGCUGGUGAUAUCAUGUGGCGUCACACAGAAAUUGCUAUUCCAAAUGAAGUGAUAACUGAGGUCAGGUCAGAUGUAAGCCUAAUAGUGAGAGCUGUUUCAACUGUGGGAAACUAUGAUUAUGUAAUUGAUUGGGAGUUUAAACCAAGUGGUAGCAUCAAAGUUGGGGUUGGACUUACUGGUAUAUUAGGGAUUAAGGCAGGGACAUAUACCAACACAGAUCAAAUCAAAGAAGACAUAUAUGGAACAUUACUAGCUGAUAACACCAUUGGUGUCUACCAUGAUCACUUCUUUACAUAUUAUCUUGACCUUGACAUUGAUGGUGAAGCCAACUCAUUUGUCAAGACAAAUUUAGAGACUGUAAAAGUUAAAGAUGACAAAAUACCAAGGAAAAGUUAUUGGACUAUUGUAAAGGAAACAGCUAAAACAGAAGGUGAUGCAAGAGUCAACAUUGGUUUUAAGCCUUCUGAGUUAGUAGUAGUGAAUCCUAAUAAGAAAACAAAACAAGGAAAUACAAUUGGUUACCGUUUGCUUCCAGGUCCAAUUUUGCAUCCACUUUUGGUAAAUGAUGAUUAUCCACAAAUUAGAGGUGCUUUUACAAAUUAUAAUGUGUGGGUUACACCUUAUAAUAAAAGUGAGAAAUGGGCUGGAGGAUUAUAUGUUGAUCAUAGCAGAGGUGAUGAUACUUUAGCUGUGUGGAGUCUAAGGGAUAGGGAGAUUGAGAACAAGGACAUAGUAUUAUGGCACACAAUGGGAUUUCAUCAUAUUCCUUCUCAAGAAGAUUUUCCAGUUAUGCCAACAUUGAGUGGUGGAUUUGAGCUGAGACCAACCAAUUUCUUUGAGAGAAAUCCAGUCCUUAAAACAAAAUCACCAAAGUCUAUUCAUUGGCCUAAUUGCACUUCUCAACAUUAGCAUUGUAAAAGUUAUUCAAAUCAGAAGGUUUUGCAUUUUCUCAAUGUUACAUAAUUGAUGAUUCAUUCGCCGCCAUAUUAUUUAUUUUCAUAAACCCUAAUUAAUCAUUUUUUAAAACACAUUCAUUACUAAGAUACCCUUUCAAGGCAGACAGGACAUUGCAACUAUACCGUGUUUAUAGAAACAGUUUGUUCACCAAACAUGAACUAUUAUUAUGAA